AAGUUAUAAAAACCCUUAAUUUCGCACCGCCCCAAAACAGUAAUAAAAAAGUUCACUGGAUUCAAACUUGUACUUUCACUUUCCUGAUCGCACAAAUAAAAAACACACCCGUUAGUUUCAUUUGGUCGUAUACUUGAGUGGUUGUUACGUUAUAAUCUUCUGUUGUUGUGUAGACUGACCAGAGUCCACAACUUUAAAAAUGUCUGGAAAAGAAGUAAUUGAAUUAGUAGAAAAGCCCGUAAGCUGUUAUUCAUUCAACAAAGAUAGAACUCGAAUUGCAUUUUCUGCAAAUGACAACAAUGUACUGAUUUACAAGAAAAGUGGAGGAAAAUGGCAACAAGAAGCCAUCUUGUCCGAGCAUCAUCAAAAUGUAACCGGCAUUGAUUGGGCACCUGUCAGUAACCGUAUUGUAACUUGUGGUGCUGAUCGUAAUGGCUACGUUUGGGUUGAAGAAGGUGGAAAGUGGAAACCUACCCUUGUCAUUUUGCGAAUUAAUCGUGCUGCGACAUUUGUCAGAUGGUCACCUAAAGAGGAUAAAUUUGCUGUUGCAAGUGGUGCUCGAUUGAUAUCUGUGUGCUAUUUUGAAAAAGAAAAUCACUGGUGGGUGAGCAAACACAUUAAGAAACCCAUCCGGUCAACUGUGUUAUCAUUGGAUUGGCAUCCCAACAACAUUUUGUUGGCUGCUUCUUCUUCCGAUUUCAAGUGUCGUGUUUUCUCAGCUUACAUCAAAGAGAUUGAGCAGAAACCCGAACCAACAAACUGGGGAAAGAAAAUGCCAUUCGGUGCAUUGAUGGCUGAAUUCGCAAAUGGAAGAGGCGGUUGGGUGCACGACGUGAAGUUCUCUCCAUCUGGUUCCAAGAUAUGCUGGGUUGGACAUGAUUCCAGUCUGUCUGUCGUUCAAGGUGGCGAGAAUGCUGAAGUUGCCACCGUUCAAUUUGGCAAUCUACCAUUUGUGACAACUGUGUGGUUGUCUGAGGGAACACUUGUUGCUGCUGGUCAUGAUUUUAUUCCCAUGGUAUUUACUCAUGAUGGUAACAACAAAGUGUCAUUUAUUGCUAAACUUGAUCAGCCAGUCAAGAAGGGAGGUGAUGAAGAGACAAUGAGUGCUAUGGAUAAAUUCCGAUCGUUGGAUAAGCGAGCCACUGGUACAAAAGAAGUUAAAUCUUCCACAACCCACACCAAUACUAUUGUCCAACUUUCUGUGUACCAGGGAGAAAGAGAGAGUGUGACAAAGAUUUCGUCUGGUGGGAUGGAUGGUAAAGUUGUUAUCUGGGAUAUCAAGAGCUUGGAAAAAUCCAUUGCUGACUUGAAAAUUGUCUAGUUGUCCAAAUGAGGUACACACAAUGAUAAAGAAAGAUGAGAAAAUAUGUGGUAACAUGUGUGACCAGGGAAAGUUUGUAUUAACAUUUUUUUUUGAAGACACAAUUGUUUAGUAAA